AUGUCCUUCCUGGACGACAAGCCAGACGUCCACAGGGACAAAAUUGGCCAUCGAUUUGACCCCAUGCUCAAUACUGUCCACGUGGACGAGAAGUGGUUUAACCACGACAAGAAGACAGGGUGGUACUAUCUUCUUUCCGGCGAGGAUCCCCCCGAGAGACACCGUCACAGCGCCCGCCAUAUCGAGAAGACCAUGUUUUGGCCGCGAUGGGACCCACAUAGAAAAACGAACUUUGAUGGGAAGCUGGGAUUAUGGUCGUUUGCUGAGGGGCACUUCCCACAGCGUAGGAGCCAAUACCGCCCAAAAGGCACCAUCUUACAGGGUAACAUCGAGUCCGUUGAUACGGCAGUCAAUCCGAGAAAGUGGCCAAUAUGUCACAGGGGGAAGAUUAUUUACGAGCAACAAGAUAAUGCCUCCCCUCACGUACUACCUGACGACGAGGAUGUAGUUCGAGAAGGACAACGAGAGGGCUGGGACAUCCGUCUUAUUUUUCAGCCUUCUAACUCGUCCGAUUUCAAUGUGUUGGAUUUAGGGUACUCGGCUAUCCAGAAUCUACAGUACCAAACGUAUGUUGCGAGUACGCUAGAGCCUAUUGAGGUCGUGCAGAAUUUAUUUCGUAUUCUAGACAAGGUCACGUUGGACAAUAUUUUUCUGACUUUGCAACAAGUCAUGGUAUGUGUACUUGCCUGUGAUGGAGACAACGAAUACAAACUUCCUCAUAUGGGAAAGGCUAAACAACGCCGCAAUGGCACUCUGAAGCAAUGUGUUGUGUGUUCUAGCGAAGUGUACGCCAGCGCUUUUUCCAAGCUAAGCACAGAGGAAGGAAAGCGACACAUAACUCACGAAGAUUGCGUGGCAGUAGAACAGCAGCAUAAAGCAGAUGAGAAACUCACAGUACAUGGGAUCAAGAUGUAUGGCGUCCAAGAAGAUCGGAGACAACACGAGAAUUUUGAAGCGAGCUCAGUUAAGGAAAUCCUCAAGGCUGUAUAA